CUUAUCCAGAACCGACCGCUGGAGAACGAAUGAAAGGCGGCUCGUCUUUGAUGAAGCGCAGCGUGUACGCGCCCGCCUUAUAGGGUUCUCCUCCUGUGAUUGUGCGAGCCCGGACCACGCGUGCGCGCCCCCCCGCGCACUGGGAGCUAUCCAGCAGCGCCCCGUGCCCCUGCACUGCUCGAUCUGUCUGUCUCUCCAGGAAUGAGAAGCGAUGGCCGGCACCGCCAGCGAGGAGAAAGCCUUUCGCAGGUUCCUGGAGAUCUUUCUCCGCGAGAUGAGAGGAGCGCUCGGGGAGGAUGAGCCGCUGCCGCUGCGCCCGCUGCCGGACCUGGUCUCGGAAGACGAGGUUGAAGGGGAGUGCCUGGAUCUCUGUCUUCAGCACCUAUGCAAAUAUAACUGCCCGUUCUCCCUGGCGGCGGGCCUGGCGCGAGCGACUGCGGACGAGAUCCUGCAGAGUGACCUGGCCGCGCAGCACACCAGCAAGCACGCAGACGGCAGCGAGGCUAUUGAACAGCUGGAGUCAGUGAAGCUUGCCCGGCUGGUGUUUAACAAGCUGUACGAGACGUGCUGCAUGUGGCUGAAGGAUUUCCCCCGGCGCAGGAGGCCCCUCCCCUACUACGAGACCUCCAUCCAUGCCAUCAAGAACAUGCGCAGGAAGAUGGAGGACAAGCAUAUUGUCAUCCCCGAUUUCAACACGCUCUUCAACCUCCAGGACCAGGAGGAGCAGGCGUACUUCGCAGUGUUUGAUGGCCACGGAGGGGUGGACGCCGCGAUCUACGCCUCCAACCACCUCCACGUCAACCUGGUGCGGCAGGAGAUGUUCCACCAGGACCCCGCCGAGGCCCUGUGCCGCGCCUUCAAGCUCACCGACGAGAAGUUUGUCCAGAAAGCUGCCCGCGAGAACCUGCGCUGUGGCACGACAGGGGUGGUGACGUUCCUGCGAGGGAACAUGCUGCACGUGGCCUGGCUCGGGGACUCCCAGGUCAUGCUGGUGAAACGUGGACAGGUUGUGGAGCUGAUGAAGCCACACAAACCAGACAGAGAGGACGAGAAGAAGCGGAUCGAGGCUCUGGGAGGGUGUGUGAUCUGGUUCGGUGCCUGGAGGGUUAAUGGAAGCCUGUCUGUAUCCAGAGCGAUUGGCGACCCGGUGCACAAGCCCUACAUCUCUGGAGACGCUGACUGCACAUCUCUACAGCUGGACGGCACUGAGGACUACCUACUCCUGGCGUGCGAUGGCUUCUUUGACACGGUGAGCCCCGAGGAGGCGGUGCACAUCGUCUCCGACCACCUGCUGGAGAACAGCGGUGACAGCAGUAUGGUGGCUCACAAGCUGGUGGCCUCAGCGCGCGACGCAGGCUCCAGCGACAACAUCAGCGUCAUCGUGGUGUUCCUGCGAGACCCAGACGCGCCACCACCCGAGGAGGAAGAGGAGGAGCCAGCGCAGGGGACGGACUCCUUCGAGGGAGGUGGGGAGCAGGACAGUCAGAACCAAGGGGCAGAAAGCGGGGGCAAAGCCUGGCCUCUGCACCAGUGCUCUGCCCCAGCCGACCUGGGUUAUGAGGACCGAAUGGACUCCUUAACUGACAGAACUAGCCUCAGCCUGGGCCCCGAGCUGGCCCUGCUCCAGGACAAGGGCCGGCUGCAGCUCCCAGCCUCUGGAGCUGGGGACCCCUCGAGAUCUGCCCCCUCUGCCCCAGCCCUGCUGCCAGCCUCAGGACCCGGUGCGGCCAGGCGCCCCCCGAGAGAAGAGGGUCUCUCAGCCUACAGACUCCGGGAUUCCCUGUGGGCCCCCAAACCCCGCCUGCCCUCCUCCUCCUCCUCCUAUCAGCGCCCCACCCCCGCUGGACACUGGUUCGAAACUGCCGCCCUUCUUUCCCAGGAAAGGAGGUCUCUGACUCAGCCCUUUUCUUUCCAGAGGCGUCUACGUCGCUGCUGUCGCCGAGGGAAGGAGGUGCCCCCCUCCCUGCCCUGGCGCAGAGCACCCCGGCACAGCCCCAAACCCUGGAGCUGUCCAGAGCGCCCUAGUAUAGUCAUCCUCGACCCGCACAAGUGCUGUAAUAUAUAGAGGAGAGCGAGAGAGCUCUGUGUCCUGUAGUGUUUCACUUAGCUAGCAUAACAAUGCAUUACACCCUCAGCGGGACCCUCUCGGGACACUGUGGCCAAUUCCGACACCUCCGAAAAUAAACCACUGUGCUGCUGCUGCCAGACAUACCCCCUACCACCCCGCUGCCCACUCCCACCAUCACGAGACAGAGCCAGGAAGGAAGGAAGGAAGGAAGGAAGGAAGGAAGGAAGGAAGGAAGGAAGGAAGGAAGGAAGGAAGGAAGGAAGGAAGGAAGGGGGGGGGGACCCUGGAAAAACAAUUCCUUGUUUCUCUCCUUCAAAAAUCAUACAGUGAAAUCUUUAUUUAUUUUGAUGUUUUUCUUCUUUGAAAAAAAGCCAUGCAGUAGACUCGGGUUAACUGAAAACUUGAUUUGAAGUUUUCAUCCUUUUGAUCCUCAAAUGUAACCCCCUCUGUAGGAUAUCACUGGCACUGAAUAUCUGAGUUCAUAAAAGAAGGUGGGUUUGGUGGCAGCAAUGGAAUCAGGGACCACAGAUCCAGCUCCCCUACUCCCACCCCCAGCCCCCAUGAACUAAACUCUUCUGAACUCACUGCAGUCACGUGACUUUCAUCUGCCUCCAUGGAGAAGUAGUUACGGACCAAAAUCAUUCUGAUCCUCUCCUGAAGUGAGCAGUGACCCACACCGCCUCAUUACAAAAGGACACAUAUUAUAUAACCGGUAUAUAAAUCUAUAUUUCUAUGUGUGUGUGUGCGCGUGGGUGUGUGUGUGUAUAUGUAUAUUUGUCUAAUAUUCAAACCGAUACUGUAAAUCGCAAGGAAACGGCACAUUGAUCUCACUGAAACAUUCUUGAAUAGGCUUCACGCAUGUAGACCUCUAGCAGCUGUAGCAUUAGGUUCCCCAUGUGGGCGUACGAGGGAUCAGCCUCCUGAAAAGGGGCUGUAUUUACAAGGCAGGAGUCCUGAACUGGGAGAUUUUCAGCUUCAAAAAGUAAAAAUGUAAAUCCUCUACUACAGUGAUAAGUAAAAGCAAAGUUAAUAAAGACUUAUAACUAAGCUAAGUUUGAACGCUAGCUGGUGCAACCGAGCCCCGAGGCAUAAGGGGCCAGUGUCAGUACUAAGUGCUUGUUAUACCCUGCAGGGAAAGUUCAAAGAAAGGUUCAUAGAAACCUUCACCCCAAACUUUCUUAAUGUUGGACACCAUUUUGUAUCAGACUCAUCUCUAUGUAUUUAUGUAGUGUAAGUGUUUUGCAGGCUUGCUGUUGAAAUGAUGCCGAUAAAAACCUGUGCUUAUGAACCAUGGCCGUUAUAAAAGAGAAGUGUAGUAAAAACAUAAGGUAGCAGGUAUGUGUGGUAAAACAUGACACAAAGAUGUAUGGUAUACACAUACCCAGGGUACAUAUUAUAAGGGUCUCAGAUAAGAGGAGCACGAUUGCUGAAUAUUCUCACCCCUCCUCUUGAGAUUGUUUAGCCAAUCAGAGAUUCUCUCUCCUGGACUUCCCCAACACGUGCUACAACUCACUGAACAAAUCUAAACUACCUCCAAGUAGCUGAUGUUGUCAGGCACCCGAGAGUGGUGGGGUCUAUUGAGUCGAGUUAACACCACCCACCACCUUUUGGAUCAGUAAAAGAUCUCUCUGUGUUAAAGUCAUGAAACACAUAAAAGUGCACAGAAGUGUAUUUCCAUAAAUAAAAAUGUUUAAAAUUCCAAGAAAGGUCCGAACAACAACAGUGAUAUUUAGAUCUGCCACUGUUUAGAUAGACCCUACCCAAUCCUGGAGAAGCCUGCAUCAGUAGACCCCGCCUCCUCCCUCGUAAUUCUACAAUGAGCUCCAAUGGGAGCUUGUUGAAGUGUGGACUACCUCUGGUGCUCCUCCCCCUUCUUCUCCUGCUGGCAGAUCUAGCCCUGUCCCCGAGUUCCAUGGCCUCUAGUACAUAUUAUCCACUUGACACAGCCCCUGGUUCCAUGCACUAGAAGAUAACAGUGCUUUGUCAAGCACAGUGUUUCAUCUUUAAUGCUGUUGGUGAUAGAAAAUAGUUCCUUCACUUCUCCUUUUUCAUUUUCAAGUCUAUGUGCCCAUGUAUACGGCUGCUUGCUCCUGUAAGCAAUAAAUAACCUUUGAGCCGCGUGCCGGGAGGGCUUACUCAGUGGGUUUUUUUUCUUUUUAAGGUAAGAAAAUUAAUAGGAAUGAAAAACAUGUUAAGUAUGCAAAAACAUGUUCUCAACUUAUCAUCCUGUUCAAGGUUCCCUGAUAUCACAAGUUUCUUGUCCUGAAAUCUCAUCGCCUUGCGUGUGCAUAGUCAAAAUGUCAUAAGGCAAAGUGACAUGAUUUUUUAGUUUUUUGCAAUGAGGGUCAAAAUGAAGUUCUCUUUACGUGACGUAUUUAACAGCAAUGAGACUGAGUCGACAUGUUUGAAUAUUCACGAGAUAUUCACGAUAGCUUUGUCCCUACAGCUCAGUAAUCAAGCCAGGCAGCAUUUGCAUGUCGUCUGGGCAGCACUGUGAUUGCUCAAGCCUGCUCGUCCUCGAAUUACUGUUCUCAAUUCUGGUGAUCCUGCCUACAGUAUGUAGAGCUCCUAUCAAGGCUGUGUUAUCUGGAGGAGCUUUAGCAUUAAUCAAUAUAAAAUAAUAAAAUAAAUAACACAAUAACCCUUUUAGGUUCCAGUCCUAUAAAAACCUGCCUCAAUGAUAAACAAUCCCCAAGCUGUCUCCAAGGGGGGAAUUCAACAAGAGGGAACUAAUGGUGCUCUAGGAGUUACCAUAACUGCAUUAUAGCUUAAACAGAGACUAUGUAACUGAGCUGGGAUUUCAGACAAGAUCGCACCUCUCUGUCCCUCGGUUCUAACCACUAGACCACGUUGUUUCUUCCCAUUCUCCUCAUCCUAACCACUGGGCUACUCUACCCCCCAGUCUCUCUGCUGAAACUACUAGGUCACAGCUACCUUCCCUGUCUCUGCUCAAACCACUUGGCCAUCUAGUUCCUCAGCUCUAACUACAAGACCUACACUGCCCCCUAGUCCAUCCUGUUUCUCUGCUGUUCUCAAAUCAAACCCACUGAGUGAAUUCUCUUUUGCCUGCAGGUUAGAUUACAAGUAAACGUAGUGUAUCUUCUGUGUUCUGAUGGUAUUUAUCUGGUGACUAUUAACAUGUAUAAAAACAUGGAUUAAAAAUCUCUGAUGUUAUUUA